AAGGCUUACAUGCUGGAGAGCUCGUUGUUCGUGUACUGGAUCUCGCUGGGGACACUGCUGAUGAGCUUGUACUCCUGGGCGAGGAGGCUGCCGAGUUUGCCAAGCAGCGAUCUCAUGGCGCUCUCGGAGGCGCCCACGGCGAGCUCCAUGCUGGUUCGGCGUUAGCUGAUCUUCUGUAUAUUCCACGUGCGCUUCACAAGAAUUCCACGUGCAUAUUUUUAUAUUCACGAAUGGCAUCAAAUUUGCAGUUUAAACUUUGUAGAUGUAUACCAUAGUCUCUCCUGUAUGUUAAAAAGGUUUCAAGGUCUUAGUUCAGAAAAAACAAGUUUAAAGAAUUUUGAAACUUUUCUAGGUAGGUUAUCAUGGGAUUCGCAUAAUCUCUUGUUUUGGAGGUAUUUCUAGCUUAUUACUGGUAACCACCCCACGGUUGAUUGGUUGCUUAUUGCUAGCUUAUUAGAAUUACAUACUAGUCUGUCCCAGAGUUGUAGUGGCAAGCAAUGAUGCUUGGCUGGUUGCUUCGGGCUUUUGCCGAACCAGUGAUCAGUUGAUUGUAAUUUGCAUCGUAUUGUAUUAUCCGAUCCAGGCAAACCUCUCUGGCCUGACAGUGAUCAUGCUAAUCAUCAGAGCCUAAUCCAGUGGGUCCGCUGGUAUCAAAUAAAAAAAAAUCCAAUAAUGGGUCUGAAGGUAAUCAUUAGACAUGGGUGAAUCAGCAACGCACAUCCUGAGAGAGCUAGAGGAGCUGCGAGCUAGACGCCACACCAGUCCACAUUCGCUGACCCAGCCCCGUCCCCGGGGUUGGGGGCACGGUGACACCCACGGAUCGGAAUCCGGAGCAGGCCGGGGCCGGCGAGCAAGAUGGGCACGUUGUCCGGGGUGAUGGACGUGCUGCCGGAGAAGCUCGGCGCGCUGCUUGAGCAUGAGUACGCGCUGCUCUCUGGCGUCCGCGUCGACGUCCGCUUCCUCCAAUUCGAGCUAGGAAGCAUCCGCGCCGCGAUCCACCACUACGAGUGCCUCAGCGAGAAUGAGCGGAACCCCGAGAUGAGGGACUGGGUCAUCCUCGUCCGCGAGCGCGCCUACGACGUCGACCUAUCGGUGCUGCCGCCCGCAUCCGGGGCAACCCCUCCUUCAGGUCUCAAUGGUGGUUUCGCAGCACUGCGCGCAAGAUGGCAACACUCCCCACCCGCCGCGCCAUCUCCAGCGAGCUUCACACUCUCAAGGCGGGUGUCAUUGACCUAACAGAGCAGCGGCGGCGCCACAAGAUCGACGUGACCCUCCCCGCCAAGGCCAAGCAUGGGGACGUCGUUGAUCCCCGCCUUUCCGCGCUCAACCAGGAUAUUGACAGACUUGUCGGCCUGGCCAGGCCAAUGGAAGAGGUGACCAAGAUGGUUACCGAAUCUGGGGACAAGUCUGAGCUCAAGACCGUCUCCAUUGUUGGCAUGGCCGGUUCCGGGAAGACGACACUCGCCUAUGCAGUGUACAUGCGGCUUAGAGAGGAGAACUGCUUCCAGUGUCACGCAUUCGUCUCUGUGGGACAGAAUUUAGAGGUCAAGAAGACUCUCAUGGACAUGCUCUCGAUGCUCGCCGAUGGGCCCCGGGUACGUCUAGAUGUCGACAUUAAGAAAGUGCAUCUCAUUGGGAGGCUGAGAGAAAUACUGGAGAAGAAAAGAUACCUUAUUGUGGUUGAUGAUUUAUGGACGGAGGAAUGUUGGCAAAUCAUAAAGUGUUGUUUUCCAGAGAACUCUCUUGGCAGUAGAAUAAUCACCACAACAAGGAAAGCUGCAAUGGCAGCGGAAUGUUCUUCCAGUUCAAGCGAUUGCAUUUACAACAUUGGGCUUCUUAGUGAAGUGGACUCUAAAAAGUUAGCCUUCGGUAAUGAGAAUUAUGAUCAUUAUCCUCCAUAUUUGAAGGACGUUUUUCCCGAAAUUAUAAGAAAAUGUGGUGGCCUGCCUCUUGCUUUAGUUGCUGUAGCUGCAGUGUUAAAAGAUUGCCAGUUUUCAACAGAUUCAUGGGAGCGGCUUAAUGGAUCGAACUGGUUCUCGUUGUCACAUCCCGGUGGAGAAGUGAUGAAGCGGAUAUUCAAUCUUAGCUAUAACGAUCUACCCCCACAUCUCAGUACUUGUCUGCUGCAUCUAAGCAUAUUUCCUCAGAACUACGAGGUUGAAAUAGACCGUCUAGUGAGGCGAUGGAUUGCUGAAUUGUACAUCGUUGGAGCACGUGACAGAGAUGUGGUCAAUAGCUAGAAGCUAUCUCAAUGAGCUCAUUUGCAGAAACAUGGUACAAUUAUCGCAUCUGAUGCAUGAUGAUGCCCCAAGAUGUUGCAAGCUUCAUCCAGUGACACAUGAUUUCAUUGUCAUCAAAUCCAUGGAAGAGAACUUUGUCACCCUGCUGAAUGAUCAGAAUCCUGUUCUCGGCCUCAACCCAGUCUGCCGGCUGUCUAUACAGAGCAGCAAGCAAGAUCGAUACCUGACGCGAAAUGAUUCUGUUAACUUAUGUUUUUUUUUUGAAACCUAAUACUAUUUGCUUAGUAGAUCGUGUUCGCUCAGUCACUGUCUUUGGUCAGGCCAGCUCCACACCCGCACCUCGCCUGAACCUGACUGAUUUGAGCUUGGUGCGUGUGCUGGACCUCGAAGGCUGGGAUGGUCCAGUAUGCCUGGAUGGCAUUAACAAUCAACCUCUUCUAAGGUAUCUGAGCGUCAGAGGCACUGAUAUCAGUGAGCUACUGGCAGCAAUUUGGGAGCUAAGGAGCCUGGAGACACUGGAUGUGAGAUCCACAAAGGUGAAAGAGCUGCCUCGCAGCAUUGUGGGGCUACGGACUACUUUGAGAACUCUUCUGUGUGGUUGUGAAGGAAUGAUUAGCUCGAUUGAAACAGCAACAAUUCUGGAGGUGCUUGCAAUAACAUGGUCCUUUCACCUGUAACAUCCCGGAUUUUCCGGAAUGUUAUCUUGGUGCAAAAAAUCAUGAAUUUCAAAAAAACUUUUCGUGUUGUGCCCUAGUUAGAACAUAAUAUAAGGUUAUUUUCUCUCUACCUCGAGCUCUUAGUAAAUUUAAUUGAAAUUAAGGACUAUUAAAUGCUAAUGUGAAUAUUUGAAGU